AUAGAGCCCGGCUGGAGCCCCCCAGGCCCGCCGCGCCCGCGGCCGCUUCUUCCGCAGGGAUCCGCGGGGACAGGAACCGCUGGGCCAGAAGAACCCGAUGGUUUAGCAGCGCCGGCUAAGCCGGGCUGCGCCGCUCCGCUCCGCCAUGGGCACCGGGAUGUGCUCCCGCAGGCAGAAGGGGCUGCUGCAGAGCGCGCUCUGCCUGCUCGCCCUGGCCUGCCUGGCCUCCGGGGCGCUCCUCUACAGCCACCUCCAGAACAAGGUGCGGAGCGCCGAGGCGCUGGCGCAGAAAUACAAACAGCAGCAGGAAGCGCUGUCAGCACAGCUGCAAGUGGUGUACGAGCACCGGUCCCGGCUGGAGCGCUCCCUGCAGAAGGAGAGGGGGGAGCACAAGAAGACCAAGGAAGAUUUUUUAGUGUACAAGUUGGAAGCUCAGGAAGCUCUCAACAAGGAGAAGCAAGACUCCAUGAACAGAUAUGGGGCCCUCAGCUCCCAGCACAAGAUCCUGAAGAACCAGCACGACGAUGUCAAGAAGCAGCUGCUGGACCUGCAGCUGCAGCACAACGGCCUCAGGCUGGAGCACAGGAAGAGCCUGGAGAGCCACAGCCAGAAACUGGCCCAGCUGCAGCAGGAGAAGGACAGCGAGGUCACCAACCUGCAGGACACGGUGUUCAAACUCAGAGAAGAGAGCAAACUCCUCAGGAAAGCUCACCUGGAGGUUCACUCCCAGCUCCUCAACGCCCAGGCCCAGAUGGAAGAGUUCAGGCAGCUCAAGGAAGCUCUGCAGAAGAUGCCAGGCCUGAGAGGAGGAGGAGGAGGAGGAGGAGGAGGAGGAGGAGGAGGAGGGAAGGGCCAGCAGCCCCCAGUGCCAGCCAGCAGCCAGCUGCAGCCAGGGAGGAACAAGGAUGUGAAGAUGGUGAUGCACAUCCAGGUGAGGAGCCACGAGCAGAGCCCGGCUCCUGGGCUGGCCCUGCCUGAGCCAGGACAGAAAUCUGCAGCAGGAAAUCCCCCAGGGCCAGGCAGGCAGCACCCAGCAGGGAGCAGAGAGGUGCCACUGCACAGCUGGCAGGUCCCUGUGAGCCCAGGGAAUGCCCAGAGGGAUUCGGGGCCAGCGUGGGGCCAGCCCAGGAGCGCCCAGGGCACCCCCGGGGCCGGGCACAGGGGCAGCCCCCGAACCCCCGGGACAGGGACAGGGACAGGGACAGCAGCACGCGGGGACGGGGCCGACCAGGAGGAGCUGCAAAUGGAUGCAGGAGUCAUCGACAGGGAGCUGCAGUCCCAGAAAGAGACGGUGGUCCAGGAGCCCAUGAUGCCAGAUGAUGCUGCAGAUCCUGCCCAGGACCCCAACAACCAGGGGGAGGAUGAGUUUGAGGAGGCUGAGCUGGAGAGACCUGACUUUGAGGAGAAGGUGGGAGGCUCGGAGAAGUUCAAGGAGCCCAGAGUUAAAGAAGAGUGGAAGGAGAAGCCACCAAAGGAUGCUGGUAGAGCUGCCAAGCCCAGGGAAGACCCACUGGAGGAUUACCAAGAAGAUCAGGAGCAAGAAAUUGUACGACACCAAGGAGGAUCAUGGAGGGGAGGUGGAUGACAACGAUGACCUGGAGCUCGUCCAGGAGCAGAAGGAGCCUGUGGGAAGGCAGGGAGCUGCUGGCAAGAAGGAUGACUACUUCUGAGAGCCGCUGAAAAACCAGGAUACUGCAGGAAUGAGGGGAUGGGAACUCCUCCUGGGAGCUGCCUCCUGAAUGAAACACUGCCCAGAGCAGAGGCAGGAGGAGGGGGCUCUCUGCAGGCCCUGGCAGGGGGUUUGCAGAUGAAAAUACGAAAAUCCCAUCUCAGUGUGGGCCACUGCUGCCUCUGAGAUCUCUCAGACUGGGAAUGACCUUAUCCUGCUGCUUUUCUUAGAAGCACUUUUUGAUUUACUGUGUCCUUCGCCCUCUUGUUCUUCACAUCCCCUUUCUAAGCCGGAGAGGGUUUUUUGGGCUGGUUUUGGGGGUGUUUUUACCCCCCUGUGCAGCAGAGGGGUGCCUGAGCUGGUCCCUGGACUCACUCUAAUACAAGGAAUCUGUCUUCAUAAAUGAUUUUGUGUUUCUUUAACACAUCCUCUGAGCAGGGUGGGGAGGGAACCCGAGGGAAUUUCCUGUUCUGUGCCCCGGAGCUGUGCAAGAGCACCAACCACACCACAGCAGAGGAGCAAUCACAGGAGCAAUCACAGGAGGAAUUAUACCCAGCAGAGGGUGUGAGUGUGGAUGUGAACACCUUCCUGCUGCAGAGACCCUGCAGAGCUCUCCCUGCCCUGCCUUUGAGCUGUGUGACACUCCUGCUGGCCUCAGAGUGUCCCCUGCAGCGCUGUGCCUCCUCCCUGCUGCAGCUGAGGGCUGCCCUGAGCUCUUCCCCACGGAGACAGGGACAGCCACAGCAAGAAAUAGGAAAAAAAAGGGAAUAUUUGCAGCCCAACUAAU